AUGAGGCUCUUAACGACAGCGGUCGCGUUGGUGUCGCUAUGUAUCUCCGGAACCUGGGCACUACACGAAGCCGAUGUUGGUGUCGUCGACUGGCACAAGAAGCUCAUCGGCGUGCCACUCUCAGGCUCGAUAGCGACUUCGCCCUCAUUCCAUAGAGAAGGAGAUAAGGCUAUAAUUUUAACUGCUACUGCCAACAAUGUGUUGGCUGCACUUGAGCCAGAGGAUGGGUCUGUUCUCUGGAGAUACAUAUUCGACCCUGAGGACCGGAUAGCUGGAUAUUUUAGAAAUGCGACUGCUGUGGUCGCGACGCUGUCAGGACCUGGGGGCUCAACUCUUCGAACCUUCGAUAGUCUUAAUGGUCAACUCAUUGUCGAGAAACGUCUGCACCCACCGGAAGCCGGUGCACUUUCAGAACCUUUCAUGGGCAAACACGUAGUUUUCUCUCCAGACUCAACGGACCUAUACGUUCUCAGCAAUGGCUGCACGGUCACUUGCACCGACGGGAUUUCAGGCGAGACGAAGUGGACUUGGACGUCUGCUGACCAAAGCUCUCUUGUCCUUCACUCUAAACUCGUUCUCACACCCACCACAUUAUAUGCUGUUGGUCUUGCCAAAUCUAUCGCGUCCUACACAUUACACGUUACUUCACUCUCACCUGCCACAGGCGAAGUCAUAACUUCAUCCAACAUUGCCUCAAGCAUCGUCGACCCCCUGACACAAUUCACCGUCCUCGCGAGGCCAGAUCUCGCCAAACCAGUAGCGUUGUGGCUGGAGCAAGGGGCGUUGCGAUACGUUGGGCUGUCGCCCAAUCUGAAAGAGAAGGCAAAGCCGAUCAAAGGCGCGAACUAUGCGAGCAUCAUUGAAUUGGGCUUAGAGCAGCAUGGACAGGCGGUGGUUGUGAGGCAGGAUGGAUCGAGUUUUGUGUUGAGGCUUGAUGGAGACGUAGGAUACGCGAAGGCCGUUUGGGAGUUUGAGGAUUCGGCAACUUCAGUUGCAAACACGGACUCGAUGUACGCUGGUGCCAUCGAUGCACUUGGUCAGUCCUACGUUGGCCGCGUGUAUUGGUCCCACAGGAUGGAGAAAGGAGCCGCCGAUGUAUACGCGGGGCAUCUUCUCUCAGGUCAGGGUGUCACCAGUGGAUUCUACUUUCCCUUCGACAGCAAAAGCGACGGAAUCAUCACACAUGCUAUCCUAGAUGCCUCGAACCCUUCUGAACUGACUGUGAACACGCGUCUGUUGGUAACCACUAGCACCGGCGCCGUCCAGCUUUGGGAACAAAGCGAGCUCAAGUGGACAAGGGAAGAAUCUUUAGCGACUAUUGCGGUUGCUGAGGUCGUGGAGAUUCCAGAAAAGUUUGCCAGUGAAUCCGGUGCGGCCGACCCAUCCUCGGAAGGAUUCUUCGCCCGCUUGACCCAUCAGAUCGCCGAUGCCCAGGAUUUCCCUAGAUACCUGGUUAACUUUGCCAAACGCUUUGCCACUGGAUCAUAUGCCUCGCCUGUCUCAGCCUCACCGAAGUUCAAUGCAUCUGAAGGGCUAUCUCGAGACGCCUUUGGCUUCCGGCAGGUUAUCGUUGCUGCCUCCAUGUACGGCAAAAUCUUUGCUCUCGACUCGUCCUCAGGAGAGAUUGUAUGGAGCCGGCUACUUGGCCUUGGAUGGGCAGGCGAAAUUGGCGGGCGGUUUCAUCCGUUGAAGAUGUUUGCGGUACGGACGGUCAGCGAUGGAGGCGAUCCAGAGGUUGUGGUUAUCGGACAGAGGAGGGCCGAUAAUACGCUCGUGGAUACGGUCGUGUUCCAUGUAAAUGCACUGACUGGAACAGAUAUUACUGGAAUAUCGAAGGCAGAUUCGAUGCUUGAGGGUCAAGAUAUCAUCCAAGGACCGCUUGUCGAAGCAUACCUCUUAAAUCACGACGAUAAGAAGGUUGUCGUUCUGUUCGACGAGUUCCUGCAGGUUUACCUCUACCCAGACUCUCCAGAGACGCAGUGGACGUUCAGCAAAAUCUCGCCUGCUCUCUCUUUCCCAUUACGAACAUCCAACUCAGGCGUCAGGCGCGUGAUGGGCCACAAAAUCACCCACUCUCCUCCUGAAGAAGGCCAUCGUAAACCUGUCGCCCACCCUACUUGGUCUCUUACUCUUCCACCGGGCGAGGAUGUAAUCUCACUCCAACCACCUGCCGCCCGGGGACCCGUCGCCUCGUUCGGCAAGGUCCUGGGCAACAGAACGACGCUCUACAAGUACCUCAACCCGCGCAUGUUCACUGUCCUAACUUCAUCGCCUGCGACCGCGACUUGCGGCCUGUAUGUGGUCGACAGUGCCAAAGGCAGCGUGAUCUACAGAACUGAAGUCAAGGCGACUUUGAAGGGGUGUGAAAUCAAGUCCGCAUUAAUCGAGAACUGGCUGGUUUAUCAUUAUUAUGAAGGCGAGGUGGCUGGUGGGAGUGUCGGUGGGACGACGGGGUAUAGGAUGGUCAGUGUUGAGUUUUACGAGGGCAAGAAGGUGGAUGAGAAGAUUGGAAGCCCGGACAUGUCUUCAUUUUCAAACAACACUCUCAACUUCUCGACAUACGAGCGCGCAUAUAUCUUCUCUCAUCCCAUUACAGCCGUCGCGGCUACGACGACGCGGUUUGGUAUCUCCAGCCGUGACCUGAUCGUGGCGACCAAAAACCAUAGAGUCCAGCACGUACCUCGACGCCUCCUCGACCCUCGCAGACCGAACCGCAAGCCAACAGCAGAAGAGCAAGAGGAGUUCCUGCUCCAAUAUGAUCCAGUUCUACCAGACGACACUCGCAGGGUGCUUUCGCAUAACUACGACGUCGCCAACGUCCAGCGGAUUAUCACCUCACCCGCCUUGCUCGAAUCAACGUCCCUCGUCUUCGCGUACGGCCUGGACAUGUUCAUCACACGAGUAGCACCAUCGGGCACCUUUGAUGUUCUCAGUGAGAACUUCAACAAGGCACAACUGGUGUUUACGGUUUGUGGACUUGUGCUGGCAAUCCUGAUCACACGGCCGAUGGUGGAGAGAAAGAGGUUAAGGGAGAAGUGGUAUCAAUAG